AUGACAAACAUUAACCAAAACAAAUGCAUUACAGGUCUAGACAUUGAGACAUGUUUGGAGGCGUUUGGCAAUCAUUUCCUAAAAUACACGCAAAUCAAUGGCUACGACAAACUGCUUCGGGUGUUGGGCAGCAAUCUGUACGACUUUCUCACCAAUUUGGACAAUCUUCACGACCACCUCAGCUCCAUAUACCCGGGUAUGAGAGCGCCCUCUUUUCGGGUCACAAACACCAGCGAAGGGUCAAUGCAUUUGCAUUACUACAGCGAGCGUAAGGGCCUGUCGGCCAUCGUUAAGGGUCUGGUGAUGAUUGUGAGCAAAGAGUUCUUCGGCACCGAAGUGGUGGUCAACACUGUGGAGGAGUGCGAAGACGGACACGUCAUACUGGAAGUGCUCCGUAAGGAUCAGGAGGUGGACAGCGGCGAGGCGUCGCUUAAACUGGUGCCCCAAAAGCACCAACUAUUGCUGAGUUCGCAGCCGCGGGACCUACUGUUCAGCACCCGGACCAUUUGCGAGGCCUUCCCUUUCCAUAUGAUGUUUGGCCCCGACUUUCAGAUCAUACAAAUCGGCAAUUCGUUAAAAUCGUUGUCCCGGAGUCUGUGGACUCGCGGCCAACCGGUGCCCAAAUUUACCGACUUGUUUGCCAUCAGUCGGCCAAUGAUUGAGUGCACAUUCGACGCGAUACUCAGUUACUGUAAUCAAGUGUUUGUCGUGAAGAGCACCGACCGGUUCAUCAACACCGACACCAAUAGAAGCCAAAGCGGCCGCAAUCGGACCAUCAGUGUUGAGUCGGACAGAGGCAGUGAUCUGAAGCAAAGCUCAACGGACAGCGGGACCGACACCGCGGUACCCAAACUGCGGCUGAAGGGCCAGAUGGUACCGGUGCCCGAAUCCAAUGCCAUACUAUUCCUGUGUUCGCCGCGUGUGAACGGUUUGGAUGAGAUGAAACGGCUGGGGCUAUACAUGACAGACAUCCCGGUUCACGACCGCACCCGCGAUCUCAUCCUAAUGUCCCAUCAGAGACGCGGCGAACGGGAAUUGGUUGAGAAGUUGGACGAAGCGACUAAUCAUAUCCGCAUUUUGGACAGCAAACUCCGCGACGAGAAUAAACGCACGGAAGAGAUACUGAACAAUAUAUUUCCGCCCAAAAUAGCCCGCAUGUUGUCGCAAAACAUCCGGGUAAAGGCCGAGAAUUUUGAACCGGUCAGUUGCCUGUUCUCCGAUAUUGUCGGCUUCACCGCAAUGUGCGGCAGCCCUCGCGUGGAGCCCAUGGAUGUCGUCCGUCUACUCAAUCGCCUGUACAUACAGUUUGAUAACUUGACUAAUGUUUACGGCGUGUAUAAAGUGGAGACUAUAGGCGACGCCUAUGUAGUGGUGGGCGGACUCCCGGAGUCGGUGGCCGAUCACGCGGAUAGAGUGGUCCAAAUGGGCUUAGCUAUGGUUAAAGUGACGCAUACUGUUCAGUCGCCAGUCGAUGGAAAGCGUAUACAAGAAAUGUUGCCAAUAAUGAGCCGGAGUGGGGUUAAGUUGAGGGGCGCCUCCUUUCUCAUGCAUAAGGUAUACAACGAUGACGUGACCCUCAAAUUGAUCACAACUACCAGUGAAGUCGUCGGUCUAGACAUUGAGACAUGUUUGGAGGCGUUUGGCAAUCAUUUCCUAAAAUACACGCAAAUCAAUGGCUACGACAAACUGCUUCGGGUGUUGGGCAGCAAUCUGUACGACUUUCUCACCAAUUUGGACAAUCUUCACGACCACCUCAGCUCCAUAUACCCGGGUAUGAGAGCGCCCUCU